AUGGAGAAUAUCUGUCUUGAGAAUAUCCAGACAUGCGUGUUGCUCGCAAAUUUGUCAUCUUCGUCAAAGAACCCAGAGUCUGAGGCUCUGUUUGUCACUCUUGGCAUUCGUAUGGCUGAGAUUCUUGGCUUAGACCAGCCGGACCCUGAGGACUCGGAGGUUCUACGUGAAACAAAAUGCAGGGUAUGGUGGACACUAUUCAUGGCUGACCGUUGGAGCUCAGUUGGUCGCAACCUCCGCCGCGCGAUGCCGGACUUUAAUCAGGAGACUCCCCUACCAAUGGAUGAAGACUACUUCCAUCAUCUGGAUAUUGACCAAGGUACGGACAGUGUUGAGGCGUCGCCCCCGCGCCCUCGCACACUGGGUCUCUGGGCAUACAACAUCAUGCUCGCAAAACAGCUAGGGCCUAUUCGAGACCUGAAUAAGCAGUGGAAUCAGGAGGGCAUCUCGGAAGAUUACGUGAUGCAGCGCGUCGCACAUCUAGCAAAAGACCUACAGCUCUGGGAAGCGAGUCUCCCCGAGGAAAAGAAGGCAACAGAUGAGAACCUCCAGGCACACAGUGCCAAGAAGCUUGGGGGACCGUUCCUCGCCAUACAUACAGGCUACCACCAGCAUUUCGUGCUGCUGCUGUUCCGGUUUCUGGACCUGAAUCGGGCGCAGACACCCAAGACGAUCGAGUACGCCGAGCUGUGCAAGUAUCACGCAAGGUCGAUUAGUCAACUCGUCAAGCUGUCCCGCCAAGUUCCGAACUGCGCCAUGGUCUUUGGAGGAGUGGGAUACAUGACUGUUGCGUCUUCUGCGGUACUUCUGCACACGCUCAUUUUCGGGCAGCAGGAUGACACGGCUGAUAUACGGGCCAAGCUGGAGUCCAACUAUGAGACCAUCUAUGCGCUUCAGAAAUGCUGGCCUUCGAUUCAAAACUCGGUCAGUAGACAGAUUUGUGUUAGUGGUCCGUUUCUGACGAGUGCAGGUAAAACGUCUCGAGCUGUUCCAAAAGACUUGUGUGAGGCCCGCGGCAAUGCAAACCUACAAGUUCGACAAGUGGAUGGUGAGGUUUUUGGUCGAACACCACUUGCCGCUGGAUGA